AAAAAGGCCGAGGCGACCGACGGGCCGCGACCCGACUCCGGCGUGGUCGCCUCCGCCGCCGCGACGACGACCAGGGCCCCCGAGAUUCGCCGGGAGUUCUCGCCCCGACCCCCAGAAAUAGUGAAACCGGCGGCGCGCGCGGGCUCGGGUCUCGUCUUCUCCUCGUGUUUCUCCCAUUCUCCGUCUACCGGCAGGCAGUAGCACGGCAAGGCGGGGGGAGGCGACGGGGGCGGUGGGGGUGAGGGUGGGGAUGGGGAUGGCGCGGUCGCGGGCGCAGCGGUUGCUGCCGCUGCUCACCUUCGUCACCCUCGGCAUGAUACUAGGCUCUUUGCUUCAGUUAGCAUUUUUCCGCCGGCUAGAUGAUCACUCCCAUGUGAACCAUUUGGAAAAUGAUCCAGAGGCAGCUCUUCUUCGUCUAGGAUUGGUGAAGCCUGAAGUCAUCAGCUGGACACCUCGGAUAAUUGUCUUCCAUAACUUUCUUAGCUCUGAGGAGUGUGAUUAUCUCAGAGCAAUUGCUAGACCAAGACUACAGAUUUCCACUGUGGUGGAUGUUGCAACAGGAAAGGGUGUUAAAAGUAAUGUACGUACAAGUUCUGGUAUGUUUGUCAAUUCUGAAGAAAGAAAGUUUCCGGUCAUUCAGGCUAUAGAGAAGAGGAUUUCUGUAUACUCUCAGAUACCUGAAGAAAAUGGGGAACUCAUCCAAGUAUUGCGGUAUGAACCAAGUCAGUAUUACAGGCCACAUCAUGAUUACUUUUCGGACACUUUUAACAUCAAACGUGGGGGCCAGCGAGUUGCAACAAUGUUGAUGUAUUUGACUGAUGGUGUUGAAGGGGGUGAAACCCAUUUUCCUCAGGCAGGAGAUGGUGAAUGUAGCUGUGGCGGGAAGAUGGUCAAAGGACUGUGUGUCAAGCCAAACAAAGGAGAUGCCGUGCUAUUUUGGAGCAUGGGGCUCAAUGGUGAGACAGACCCAAACAGCAUUCACAGUGGGUGCCCUGUUCUGGAAGGGGAGAAAUGGUCAGCUACGAAAUGGAUGAGGCAAAAAGAUUUUGUUUGACCGAAAGAUGUUGCAGAGAAUGAUGGCUCUAAUCUUAGGCUAUGCAGAUAUGGGAACUAUAUUCUUUAUAAUACAUAUAAUGAAACAUUUCAGGAAUCUUGCAAUCAUAUGAAAGUGCAAUAACGUCAGGUUCACAUUUCCCUUUUUAUUGGGCAACUAAACUACUGCACACCUAUGCUACUGUGCAUCUCUACAGAAAGGUUAAGGUGGUCAUAAUACAUACCUUCAGGCCUCAGCCUACAGACAGUGUUAGUUGGGACAAACAAUGGAAGGGCAAAAACGAUAUAAUUUUAAAAAUUCAUAAAAUGUACAUUUUUAUGGCGAUGGAAACUGGCUGGAUUUUGGGGGAAAAAAAAAGGAAGUUUAGAGACGUGGUCGUCACGCAAAAUGGAUGUGCUAUUUUCACUUCCAACCUUGUUGCAGUCGAGUAAAGGAAGUACCAAGCUGACAACCCUGUUGGUACACGAACCAAAAAGAAGAUAAUUAGUUGAAAUUUUGCAGGAAUAUCAUAUAAAUAGGUUUAUCUGAAAUUGAGAAAAUUCUCUUAGCUCCAAAGUGUCAUGUGUGCACAACUCCAUGUA